CAGAGCGCUGCGUAUACGUUGAAGUCGUUAGUGCAUUUAGUCAUUUUCAGAGAUCCCUGUGAAGAUGUGAAUCCACCCGAAUGGGUGAAAGUGGGGGAAAGUACGUUUCAAACUCAGUCUCCAAGUGUUUCGCAAUACUUACAGAGCUCUGCGUAUACCUCUGAAUAUUCGGUAAAUCCACCAGAAUGGGUUGAAGUAGGGGGAGUGCUUUGCAAACUCAGUGUCUAAGUGGAAAAGUUUCAUUGUUUUCAACACUUUGGGGAAUCAAGAAAUUAAGAAAAAAACAUCUUUGACCGGGCAACGCCGUGAAUAUGUGCUCUAGUACCUACGUAUUUAAAGUCACCUUUUUAGGCUAGUUAAAGUUAGCUCCAAAAAUUAGAAUAUUCAAAAUUCCGAACAUCAUGUUUGUAACCUGUGUCGAGGUGGAUCCACUCAUUAAACUGGGCCGCUUGAUGAAGAAGCACAGGAUCAUACCAGACGUUGUGAACUGCAGGCCCCAUAUAAUCAUCGAUGUGCUCUAUCCUUGUGAUACCGUUGUCCAGCCGGGCUGUCAUCUAACCCCACUGAAAGUGAGAAACGAGCCAAUCAUUAGGUGGAUGGCAGACCCUAUCAAGUUUCACACGCUGGCCAUGAUUGACCCGGAUGCCCCAAGUCGUGCCUCGCCCACCAAACGGGAAUGGCUUCACUGGCUGGUCGGCAACAUACGCGGCUGCGAUGUGGUGCUUGGCCAGCCGCUGGUGGGCUACAUUGGCAGCCGUCCGCCCGCCAAGACCGGCCAGCAUCGUUACGUCUUCCUGGCCUUCAGGCAGCACUGCGAGCUGGACUUUGACGAGCCCUACAUACCCAACAGCAGCUACGAGGGGCGGCCCUGCUUCAGCAUCAAGCGAUUUGCCAAAAAGUAUGCGCUGGGCAACCCCAUCGCUAUCAAUUUCUUCUUUUCCAACUGGGAGGACGAUGAUUUGUACUAAAGCAAACAUUGGCUGCUGCUUUUGGUUUUAAUAAAAAUCUAUAAUGAAAGCAAGGCUCUGUAAGAUUUGUAUCCAUAUUGACUGAUUGAUUGAUUGAUUGAUCGGCGGAAAGUCGAGGUUUUAGAAAAUGUCUACUGCAAAUAUGGAAAAUUUGUGAAAAAAUAAGAUGAUGAGGAUGACGUUCCGCACUUCAAUGGUUACGAGGCGAAUGACUCGGAAAAACGCGUCAU